AUGUCUGUGGAACAUAGCUGGCUCAAAAAAAUCAAUGGCAAUUCCUUUGAGGAUAUUGCCAUUUACACCAAUGCAUUCGACACUGUCAACAUUCAGCUGUCUCAGGGCGAGUCCCCCGAACUGCUGAAGCAAUUGGGUACAAUCCCUAUCAACACUGAUGAAUUCCUUCGAGCUGCUCAAUCUUUAGUCACUCUGUUCAACUUCCUUGGCUCCAUCAAGUUCAAGGCUGUCAUUGAUGAUUUGAACAAAAAUAUCACGAAAGUUAAAAACCGCAUGCUGGCUGCUCCUGCUGAGUCUCAGUCUCUUCAAGAUCUUGUGUUGAACGAAUUGAAAUCAGGCAGCCACACUGCUACUGAGGGUUUGCUUUGGCUGGGACGGAGUCUCGAUUUCACUGUCCAGAGUCUGCGACACAACCUCGAUAACCCUUCAGCAGAGAUGAGCGAAUCCUUCGUUGCUGGUUACAACGCCACUCUUAGUAACUUCCACCCUUGGCUCUUCAGAAAAGCCACCCUCGCUGCCAUGGGUUUCUGCCCCGCCCGAGUGACCUUUUACAGACAACUGGCCGACGAGACCUACAACGAUAGUCAAGGAACCGGACCUGCACUGGAUGAGAAAGUGAAGGCUGAAGUUAUUCCUGACCUCCAAAAGGAGGUCGCAGCUAUGGAGAGGGUUGUUAAGAUCCUGAAGACAUUCCAGGCCUCCAAGGAAGCUCAGUGGAAGUAA